UCCUUCCGCUGUCUAUUUCCAUUAUUGGGUAACACAAAUGGAGUAGGAGAGAGAAACCUUUUCGAUUUCGCUAACGUGGGAAAGUUGUGUAAGAAAGAGAUGGUUCUUUUUUUUUCUUUUCUUUUCUUUUUAAUUUCUCUUUCAUUCACUCUCUCUCUCAAAUUGUAUUCUAGUUUUGUAGCUCAUUCAUACAUUGUUUUGUUUUUCCAAUAACAAAAAACAAACAAUCUGGUAGAUGCAAACUUAAGAUUACACACAAAUAAAUAUACAUUUGGUUUAGGUUUACACACAAUUCUCUCAUCUCAUUUCCUCCCUCCUCCCUCCCUCCCUUUUCUCUCUGUAUAAAUUUCAUUUUGGCAAAAUCUUCAUCAAUCCAAAAAGAAAAACAGAGAGAAAGAAAGAAAGAAGGUGAGUUAUUAAGGACGAUGGAUGGAUGGGGUGCGAGGCUUUCUUUCGGUUAAGUAAAAUAAGCCCACCCUACAAAACCAAACGAAAAAAGAAGAGAAAAAAAAUAGACUUGAAACUCAGAUAUCCUUUGGAAAAGGCAGAAGAAAAAAAAAAUGUGGGAUCUGAACGAUUGGCCUGAUGUAAGGGAGGAGGAUGAAUGUUCCUCCGCCAAGACAUCCAUUGAAGGUGAAGGAGAUGAGGAAAAAGGGAAAAGAGUGGGAUCGCUUUCCAAUUCAAGCUCUUCUGCUGUGGUUAUGGAAGAAGAGGAGGUGGAAGUCGAAGGUGGUUCCGAUGAAGAGGAACCCACCCCCAUGGUUACUCGCCAGUUUUUCCCACUCGAAGAAACUGAAAUCCCAACUCCCCUUCCACAUGCUUCUACCACUUCUGCCCCUCCCGCUGCCGCUGCCGCCUUCCCUCGGGCUCACUGGGUUGGGGUCAAAUUUGCCCAUCCCGAUCCUCUCGCCGCUCUUCCUAAUAAUUCUUUAACCCCCACCGACCUCUCUCACCCCAUUAAAAAGAGCCGCCGCGGCCCAAGGUCACGUAGCUCCCAGUACCGCGGCGUCACUUUCUACCGGAGAACCGGCCGUUGGGAGUCACAUAUUUGGGAUUGUGGAAAGCAAGUCUAUCUCGGUGGAUUCGAUACAGCACAUGCAGCUGCUCGUGCUUACGAUAGAGCGGCCAUUAAAUUCCGAGGGGUAGAAGCGGACAUAAACUUCAGCAUCGAAGAUUACGAAGACGAUUUAAAACAGAUGGGAAAUCUAACAAAGGAGGAAUUUGUGCAUGUACUUCGCCGACAAAGCACUGGAUUCCCCAGAGGGAGCUCCAAAUAUAGAGGCGUUACGCUUCAUAAGUGUGGAAGAUGGGAAGCUCGAAUGGGCCAAUUUCUUGGCAAAAAGUAUGUUUAUUUGGGUUUGUUUGAUACGGAGAUUGAAGCAGCAAGGGCUUAUGAUAAAGCUGCAAUCAAGUGUAAUGGCAAAGAAGCUGUCACCAAUUUCGACCCCAGCAUCUACGAGAAUGAACUGAAUCCGACAACUGAAUCAAGUAGCAAUUUGGGGGAUCAUAGUCUUGAUUUAAGUUUAGGGAAUUCAAGCUCAAAGCAAAACGACAGCUCAAAUAAUGGUUCCAUAGGUCCACAACACCAUUCUUCUUCUUCUUCUUCAGCUGAUUGGCAACGCAAUCACGGAUUUAGGCCUCUUCAGCUAAAUUUGGAAAAUGGAGGAGGAGGAGGUGGAAACAAGAAUUACAAUAAUAAUGUAGAGAGAAGGAAUCGGUACCUGGAGAGUGAAACCAUGCAGCUGCUGAGCCAAACACACAUUCAAUCUCCAUCUCAAUUCAGCCGCCCGCACACGGUUGGUGGUGCACCAGAUCAUCACCCCCACUCCCAAAUAUUGCUUCACAAUCACAAUAAUCAAACCUUCAAUUAUCAAAUUGAGUUUUCAGGCAGCAGUAAUGGUCAUGGAGGCCGAAUAGUAGGAAGUGAUCUAACAUUAUCUUUAAAUGAUCAUCUUCAAUCGGGGCCAUCUCAAGUUCUUGCAAGUGCUGCAGCAUCAUCAGGAUUCGCACCCCAGAUUAGACCUUCCAAAAAUUGGCUGCACAACAAUGGCUUUCAUUGUCUUAUGAGACCCUCUUGACAUCUAAAAAAAAAAAAAAAAAAAAAUCAUGAAACCUUAAUUUUGUUACUUUUUUCAUUUAUUUAUUUUUCUCUCUCACUCUCUCCAUUUCCCGAUGAGAAUCUAGAAAGAAAGGAAAGAUGAAGUCCCUCCCAAACAAAAGAAAGAAAAAAGUGUAGUAAAAAUUGAAGGCAAUGGGUGGAGAAAAAAAGAAGGGUAGAAUUUUUCUGACCGAGAAUUAUUCAUUGUGCAUUAGCAUUAGCAAUUCCCAAUUCCUUACACA